GUUAAGCUCCUGCUACUGGGGAAGCUCUCCACUUGGAUAACAUAGAACUGUGGCCAAGGACAAGGGGAGAAUGCCACGCCAGAUAGAAGGCUUCUUGCUUUUACUUCUGUUUGGCUAUGAAGCCACACUGGGAUUAUCAUCUACUGAGGAUGAGCCCGAGGACCCCUGGUACCACAAAGCAUGCAAGUGUGACUGCCAACGAGGUGUCAAUGCCCUGUGGUCUGUGGGAACCACCUCCUUAGACUGCAUACCAGAAUGCCCCUAUCACAAGCCCCUAGGUUUCGAGUCAGGAGAGGUUACACAAGACCAGAUCACCUGCUCCAACCCUGAGCAAUAUGUGGGCUGGUAUUCGUCAUGGACUGCCAACAAGGCCCGGCUCAACAGUCAAGGCUUUGGGUGCGCCUGGCUCUCCAAGUUCCAGGACAGCAGCCAGUGGUUACAGAUAGAUCUGAAGGAGGUCAAGGUGAUUUCAGGGAUCCUCACCCAGGGUCGCUGUGACAUUGAUGAGUGGAUGACCAAAUACAGCGUGCAAUAUAGGACCGAUGAGAGCCUGAACUGGAUUUACUAUAAGGACCAGACUGGAAACAACCGGGUCUUCUAUGGAAACUCAGACAGAACCUCCACAGUCCAGAACCUGCUGCGGCCCCCCAUCAUUUCCCGCUUCAUCCGACUGAUCCCGCUGGGCUGGCAUGUCCGCAUCGCCAUCCGGAUGGAGCUGCUGGAGUGUGUCAGCAAGUGCACCUGACGCCUGCGCAGCUCAGCUCCUGCCAUGGAUGGAGGGUGCAGAGCAGCCUGCAGGGCAGGGGCGGGGCGGGGGGGGGGUGUCUGACACACCACCCUGACAAAUGGGGGCUACAUUUUACAAGCUCUCUUCAAUGCAGAGCUGAAUAGAGAAUAUUUCUUUCUUUCUGUUUUUUAAGAUUUGGUUUCCAAUUUCAAUGAAAAAAAAAAAAAAAGAAAAAUG